AUGCGCUCCAGGCCUCUCAUUAACCCCUCCAAGCCCGGGGUGGCUGCCCUCAGCCCUGUGGCUGCCCCUCACGCGGCACAUGGUGGAGAGCGGCUGCACAGCCGCUUCCACGGGGAUAUGCACCGUGUCAUGAGGUGGUCGACGAGACCGGAGGUGGCCAGCAUUGAGCCCGUAAACCCAGACGACCGACAAUGUUCACAAAGAGCUGUCGUCUUGGCCCGAUCAACCCAGCCAACCCGCCUCACCAGUAUUAUAUUUGCCGAAGAAAUAGCAAUUGGGCGAGUGCUCCGGUGCGAUGCGAUCGUCGACCUGAUUAGCGAGAUUCAGAUCGUGUCCACGACACGGGAACUUUAUUUGGAAGAUUCUCCAUUGAAAUUGAGGGUCAGAGCAUUGGACGCAGAAGGUAACACCUUCAGCACACUGGCUGGAUUGGGCUUCGAAUGGAACCUGGUGAAGGACUCGCCAACGGUGGGCUACUCCGACUCUCACAAUGCCCUCAGGUUACUGAAGUUUUCCGAAUCCACCUACACGCCCCCGGCAUACAUAUCAGAGAUGGAGAAACACGGCAAGCAGGGCGAUACCAUCCUGGUGUCGGGAAUGAAAACAGGGAACUCAAAACUCAGGGGCCGAAUCCAAGAGCCGAUUUACAAGAACGUUCCCGCUGCGGAGGUGCAGCUGCUCAUUCUGGAGAACAUUAUGCUGAAUCCCGCCCAUGACAUCUACCUGAUGGUGGGCACCUCCAUCCGCUACCAGGUGCAGAAGAUAAAACAAGGGAAGAUUACAGGAGUAGCGAUGCCUUCGGAUCAGUAUGAAUUAGAACUGCAAAACAGCGUAGUGAGCCCAGGGGGAGAUGUAAAUCAACCAGUGGGCAAGCUCAACACAGGAACGUCCACAGUAACCGCACUGCAGCAAGGGCAAACCAACCUGGUGCUCACACACAAGAACCUCCGAAUGCAGGGUGUAUCCCGGUUACCGAACUGCACAGUUUAUGUGGUUGAGCCACGUUACCUAGGUUUCACAAUUCAUCCUGGAGACAGAUGGGUGUUGGAGACUGGCAAGGUGUACAGCGUCACCAUUGAAGUGUACGAUAAAGAAAGCAACAAACUUUAUCUGUCCGAUGAUAUCCGAAUCAGCACUGAGAUCCCGAGGGAGUACUUUGAGAUCCUGGAGUCUUCACUGAACGGCUCGUACCAUCGGGUCCGGGCUCUGAAGAAGGGACAAACUGUGAUCGACGCCACCUUAGCCAACGUGGUUUCUCAGAGCGGAGCCGUCUUUACUCUGCCCAUCCCUGUGCAGAACCAACAGGAAGUCGAACUUUACAAUCCGAUCGAGCUGACCCCACGCAUCCUGUCGUUCCCGUGGCAACAGAUGGCAGGAGCAUAUCAGUACGCCAUCAAGGCCACCGGUGGGAGCGGGAAUUUCACCUGGUCCUCGUCCACCCUGGCCGUCGCCACGGUGACGGUGAAAGGAAUCAUGACGACCGGAAGCGACAUUGGGUUGAGCGUGAUCCAGGCCCACGAUGUUCAGAAUCCACUGCACUACGGCCAGAUGAAGGUGUACGUGAUCGAGCCGACCCAGAUGGAGUUCACACCUUGUCAGGUAGAGGCUCGGGUCGGGCAGACCCUGGAUCUGCCACUGAGGAUCUACGGGCUGAUGAACGUGGAGACGAAGGAGACCGUGACCCUGACCGACUGCUCGCACUUUGACCUUGUGGUGGAGGUUGAAAACCGCGGAGUCUUCAAAACAGUGGCGGGGAGACUGAAACCGGGAUCCGAGCACUGCAGUGGGGUAAGAGUGCAAGCGGAGGUCCAGGGUUACACCACGCUGAUGGUGAGCUACAACCACGGCCAUAUCUAUCUCACCGCCAGCAUCACCAUCGCGGCUUAUCUGCCUCUUAUCGCUGUGGAUCCGGUCUCUGUCGCCCUGGUGACUUUGGGAUCGUCCAAGGACAUGCUGUUUGAGGGCGGGCCCCGGCCGUGGGUUCUGGAGCCUUCCAAGUUCUUCACCGAGCUCACGGCAGAAAACAAAGAGAGCAUCGUUCUGGACGUGGUGGGAUCUCCGACACUCAGGAACCAGCCGCAGCACCUGGUGAGAGCCACCUGCACGGCCCUGGGAGAGCAGGUUUUGGCUUUGACUGUGAGCAACCAGCACAGCCUCAAGAACCCCUUCCCUGCGGUGGAAACCGCAGUCGUCAAAUUUAUCUGCACCCCUCCAUCCCGGCUAACUCUGGCCGCUGUGUAUCUGGUUCCCCAGCUGGAUCUCUCCUGCCCCUUACACCAACAAAACAAGCAAGUGGUUCCUGUGUCGAACUACCGUAACCCAGUCAUCGAACUAGCUGCGUACGACCAGCUGGGCCGAAAGUUUGACAACUUCUCUUCCCUCGACCUGGUUUGGGAAUCCACUAGAGUCUCGCUGGCCAGCGUGGAGGAGAGCACGCCCAUCCAGAUGGUCUUCAAGAACGACGGGAAAGGACAGAAGAAGCAGCAUGGUCUCCAAACCGUUCUGGUCCAUCGUGAAUCAGGGACCACUUCUAUCACGGCGACUGUGAUCAGCUAUCAGCAGGAGCACCUCAAAGCAGCGAAAGUUAAAGCUAAAUACGAUCCCUUGUUCCCUGUGUCGACUACCAUCGAAUUGUUGCUUGUGGAGGAUGUUAAAGUCCACCCCAAUAACAUCACCAUUUACAACCAUCCCAACGUGAAGGCCGAGCUCUCCCUGCAGGAAGGCUCCGGUUACUUUCUCAUCAACACCAGCGUGAGCGAUCUGGUGAGCAUCACUUACAAGGAAGCCCAGAGCGUUGCUCAGGUGCGGCCCAUCCACCCAGGACUUCUGACGGUGAUGAUCCAUGAUUUGUGUCUGGCGUUUCUGGGACCGGCCAAGGCGGAGGUCCACGUGUCUGACAUCCUGGAGCUGUACAUACGCGUGGUGGACAAGGUGGAGAUUGGUAAAACGGUGACAGCCUACGUGCGGGUUCUGGAUCAAUCCAAGACUCCGUUCCUCUCCAAAUACUUCCCCUUCAUGACCUUAAAAGUGAAAGCAGCCUCUCAGCUACUUUCCCUGGAGCCGCUGGACGAUGCCCUGGACGGUUACACGGCCAGCUUCUCUGUGCAGGGAGCGGCCAUCGGGCAGACCAGCCUGACCGCCACCGUCACCAAUAAACACGGCAAAAAGCUCAGCUCAGCACCGCAGCAAAUCGAGGUAUUUCGUCCCUUCAGACUGAUCCCAAGGAAGCUAACCCUGAUGGUGGGAGCUAUGAUGCAGAUCACUGCUGAGGGAGGCCCUCAGCCUCAGUCCAACAUCAUGUUCUCCAUCAGUGACCUGAGCCUUGCCAAGGUCAGUAACAUCGGGCAUGUGAAGGCCCUGGCGGUUGGCAAUGGGCGAGUGACUGGUGUGGUCCAGGCCAUCGAUGCCGAAAGUGGCAAAGUGGUGGUGAUCUCCCAGGACGAAGUGGAGGUGGAAGUUUUCCAGCUGAAGUCCGUGAGGAUCCGAGCCCCCAUCACCAGGAUGAAGACGGGCACCCAGAUGCCGGUCUACGUAAUGGGAACGACAGGCAGCCAGAUGCCAUUCUCCUUCGGCGACGCAGUGCCCGGCCUGACUUUUCACUGGACAGUCACCAAGAGAGACAUCAUUGACUUCAGCACACGGCAUUCAGAGGCAUCUUUUCAGCUCCUGGACGCCAACAACUUUGCAAUGAACGUGUUCAGCAAAACCAAGGGGAGAACGGGGCUGAGGGUGGUGGUGAGAGCGGUCGAUCCUGCAGCAGGCUCGUUCGAAAACCAGGCCCAAGAGUUGUCGGACGAGAUCCAGAUUGAGGUGUUUGAGAAACUCCACUUGUUGAGUCCGAGUACUGAGGUCGAGCAGCUGUUAAUGUCACCAAAUUCCUUCCUCAAACUUCAAACCAACCGGGAUGGUGUGGCUUCGCUCAGUUACCGAGUCCAGGACUCUUCAGACAAACCUCCCGUGGUGCAAGUGGAUGAACACGGAGUGCUGACGUCCGGCUCCAUCACCGGAAUCUCUACCAUCGAGAUCAACUCCGAGGAGCAAUUUGGCGUGAAUCAGACCAUCACCGUGGCUGUCAAGGUGACGCCUGUCUCCUACAUGAGAAUGAGCACCAACCCAGCCAUCCACACCAUCAACAAGGAGCUCCAGCCUGCUAUUCCCGUGGGAAUGACCUUGACUUUGACGGUUCAUUUCCACGACCACACGGGAGACACCUUCCACGCUCACAAUUCAGUCGUGAACUUUGCGACUAACAGGGACGACCUUCUCCAGAUCGGGAAAGGAGCGGUGAACAACACCUUUGUGAUCAGGACGGUGAACGUGGGGCUGACUUUGCUGGGAGUCUGGGACACUGAGCACACAGGCUUUGCCGAUUACAUCUCCUUGCCGGUCCAACACGCCAUCUCUCCGGGGUCCGUGGAGAGCAUCGUGGUGGGAGACGUCCUCUGCUUCAGCAGCAACCUCGUCAAUCAUGAGGGUCAUUUGGGAUUCUGGACCUCCUCCUCCAUCAACAUCCUUCAGAUUGAUCCGAAAACCGGGGCAGCUGUGGCCAGGGAUUCCGGGUCCGUCACUGUGUAUUACGAGGUCCCUGGAUAUCUGAAAACCUACAAGGAGUUGGUGGUCCUGGGGGCUGGACAGACCGUGGUACAAGUUAUCAGCGGGGCCCACAUGAGCAGCCAAUCUGGGGCCGGGAGCUUCAGGGUGUCCGUCACCACUGGAGAGAGCAACAGCAAUUUAAAAGGAGACUGCACAGCCUCACACGCCGAUGCCAUCCGUGAGCUUCACCCCGAGUCCAGCAUCACCUGUAACCUCCGCUUCACCAACGGCGCCAUCGAAAUGUCGGCUCAAAACCUGUUCAGCGUCCAAACAGGGUUCAACACAAACCCAGGACAUUAUACCUGUACCAUUGCCAUGAAGGAACUGACUGAUCACCAGCUUAAACUAUUGAGCACAGCUAAAACCUCGCUCCAUGUGGAGGCUGCUGUCGUGGGAGUACAUUUCUCUGGAGAGCAGAUAGCGGCUGAGGUUCCGUUCCUUCCCGGCUUUUACACGGAUCAAUCCGAGAUCCUUUUGAGCAACCUGUACGGGGCCACCGAGAUCACCGUGUUCGGCAAUUCCGACAUUCUCAGGAACCUGGAGGUUAAGUCGGGAUCCCCAGCGAUCAUUGUUCAGGAGAAGGAGAGGUUUUACGGGGCUCAGAGUUUUGUGAAGUACACGGUGACACUUGCUGACGCCAGGCUGAUGAGCCAAGGGACGGCGUCAACUUUUUUCACCGUCUCCAACUCACUGACUGACCAGUCAAUCUCGGUGCCAGUCAGGGUCUUGCACAUCACUGAUAAAAGCCUCGAGGGACAAGCUCACUUCACAGCGACGCACUGGGAGGGUGUUGGUGUGUUCCAGCAGUUCAUUAACUCCUAUCAAGCCAUGUUCUUCACCCUCUUUGCAAUACUUGCCGGAGCUGCCAUCAUGAUCAUCGCCUAUCACGCCUUCUUAUCGCCUCGGGACCCAGUUCAGCAUCCGGCGUUCAUCCCCAAGACCCCGCCUCCUGGAGGUUUCAGCCUAUCACCCACUCACUUCAGCCCAAGCCUUCCCUCCAGCAGGAAAACCAGCCCCAGUCACCUCUGGAGCACAGCCUAUCCCUCCAAUGGCCGUUUGUCACCAAGUUGAUGUGAAGGGAAACCCCAGUGAAGGAGCAGUCGUGCCAGAUGUUUGUGAAUUUUUUUUUUUUUUAGUGCCUUUUCUAGAGCGUAUGAGAUUGGAAGGAACCGUUUGCAAUCACAGUGAAUGUCCGAGAACCCGCGGGUGGAAGCGUCUGCUACGAAUCCGUCCAAACUACUGUCCGCAUUGCAGCCGAGGUGACUCAGAGAGGGGGGGUGUGCGGGGGAGAGGCCGGUGAGGAGCAGAGAAAUAAGAGGGUCUAAGUUGCAUGAUUGACCAAAUUGGGGGGAAAAAGAGGGGGUGGGAGAGGGGGUUGUAAUGGGGAGAUUCUGGAGCUCGGCUGAGGUGUCGAUCUCAGGUAUCGAAAUGGAGACCCGAGCAGAGUUCCAACAAAGAUGUCGCUAUUUACAAACUCUUUCAGGAAUCCUGAGGUCCAGACCCCCCACCCCCACCUCACCAUUUCCCCUUCCAUCCCCCUCCCAAUGUGUUGUGAGGUUAAAUUGUUUUAAUUUUCUUUAUUGGCUUUAUGUUUUAAAAUCAUGUUUUUGAUGCCUGUUAAUUUAUGAAUCCCUUUGUGUGUGAAUUUGCCUCAAAACAUGUGUGUGUGUUUUUUCCCCCUCCUGCCCCGCCCGUCCAUGAAGGUUUUUGCUAUAUAAGCUUUUUUUUAUUUCUUUGCCUAUGGUUUUUAUUCCAAGCUUCGCGUAGCUUCGCUUCCCACCAAAGAGAACCCCCACAUUGACUGACUCGCUCAAAAAAAAAAAAAAAAUUCCGUUUGAUGUUCGAGAUUGAGCCUUGCUUUUUUUUUUAACAAGUUACUUGAUUUUAUGUGAUUAAUAACCUUUUAUUUCUUCUCUUCUCAAGAUAUCAGGAACAAAUCGACUGGACUGAUCGAUCGAUCAAUAGUGUUUUUCAUUUUGACUUAAAAGUUGCAACGGACGCAGUCAUAUACAGGGUGAAACAGAAGUCCUUAUUCGUAGACUUUUUAAUUAAUUAUUUUUUUAUUAUUUCUUAGUGUGUGCAGCUAUUAUAGAUGUCUUUCAUCGCAUUCGUGAAAGUUUUUGUGACCGAGUUGAUGUGUGUAAAUGACUACAUGCCGUGCAGUUUAAACAUCUCGUAUAGACCUACGUAUAAGGACUUUUGAUUCACCCUAUAUGUCCUGUGUCAGCCUGGCUCAGUCGGUAGCACUCUCGCCUCUGAGUUGGAAGGUUGUGGGUUCAAGCCUCACGUCAGGGACUUUCAACUCGCAGUCUAGUUUGACGCUCCAGUGCAGUGCUGCAUUGUCAAAGGUGCCGUCCUUCAGAUGAGACGUUAAACCGAGCUCCCGUCUGCCUGUUUAGGUGGACGUUAAAGAUCCCGCAGCGCUAUUCUCGAAAAGAGAAGCGAGUUUCUCUCUCUCCUUCUCUCUCUCUCCCGGUGUCCUAACCAACAAUCCCCCAAAUAACAAAAACUGGACAUUCAUUUGAUCCAAUGGCUGGGUGCAAAUUGGCUGCUGCGUUUCACCAACAAAAUAGUUAUUCCACUUUACAAUGCACCCCGUGAAGCACUUUGAGACGUCCUCCUGGUGUGAAAGGCACUGUGUCAGAUUUUAUUAUAAAUAACAAUAAUAUGAGAUCUGAUCAGUCCAGUCGUGCUUUAUUUUAUUGAGAAUUUGGAAAAACUGAAGACUGAUUUGUUUUUGACAUAAUACCUCAGUUACGGUAGCGAAACAGAGCUGAAAGCCUCACAGUGGUAGCUCUGACAGCCUGUGCAGAUGUGAAGAUUAUUCAACCUGUCUGAUUCGCUAAACUUACUUGAUCGGUCUCAAAUGCUAGAGGAUCAUUCAGUUAACCUGUUAUUUGGAAUGUGAUUACUUUCUCCCCCGCUGAAGUUACCUGGAUGUGACCUGCUUUAUGAACCGCUGCAAAUUUAUCGGCAACGAAUGAAGUAUUUGAAACCACUGAGCUUUUUUUUAUGAAGAUGUUCUGUAUUGAGCGUUCUCUGAGUUGACUGACUGACUGAUUGAUUGAUUGACUGAGCUGCUUUGGUCUGAUAAUAAAUAUCAACCAAAGACGUUCUUUAA